AUGGAUGUUGAUUCGAGUAUCAUAACAAGAUACAUUCAAAUUGGGUUGCUGUGCGUUCAAGUAGAUGCAGCUGAAAGACCAACUAUGGAUGAAGUUAUUGUGAUGCUACUGAGAGGCUCAUCCCUUACCCUCCAAAUCCCAAAAGAGCCUGUAAUGUUGACAGUGUCCAUGCCAUCCAUGCAUGAUAUUGAUGAGUAUGAAGAUUUAGAAACUUUGGAGCCAGAUGAUGAAAAUAAUCUGCAAAAGUUGGUUGAAGACCAUAAUUUUGAGAUUUCUGAGACUGUUCAGGACUUCAUACAGGAGUUAAAUCUAAACCCCAGGUAA